AGGGAGAGAGAGGAGGGGGGGUGGAGGGAAAACACUAAAGGGGGUAGCUAUGGAGAUAGAACGUUUUCCUGGCUGCUUUCUUUGACAGGUGUUGAGUGGAGUAAAAGUCUUAAAACAGAAUCCAGCAUGUACGCCAAAGGUAAAGGAGCUGUCGUCCCUUCCGAUAGUCAAGCGAGAGAAAAGUUAGCUUUAUAUGUGUAUGAGUAUUUGCUACACAUUGGCGCACAGAAAUCGGCACAGACCUUCCUUUCAGAGAUCCGAUGGGAGAAGAAUAUCACAUUAGGAGAGCCUCCUGGAUUCCUGCACUCAUGGUGGUGUGUAUUCUGGGAUCUGUACUGUGCAGCUCCAGAUAGACGGGAGACAUGUGAACAUUCCAGCGAGGCCAAGGCUUUCCACGACUAUAGUGCAGCAGCAGCUCCCAGUCCUGUGAUGGGCAACAUGCCGCCCAACGAUGGCAUGCCAGGUGGACCCAUGCCUCCCGGCUUCUUUCAAGGCCCACCUGGAUCACAACCAUCCCCACAUGCACAGCCCCCUCCACACAAUCCCAACAACCCCAUGAUGGGUCCACACGGCCAGCCUUUUAUGUCUCCACGAUACCCAGGUGGACCCCGCCCAUCACUCCGCAUGCCAAAUCAGCCACCUGUUGGAGUCCCAGGGUCACAGCCACUCCUGCCAAACAGUUUGGACCCCACCAGACCGCAAGGACAUCCAAACAUGGGCGGCCCUAUGAGGAUGAACCCACCCAGAGGAAUGGGAGGCAUGGGCCCACAGAACUACGGUGGAGGAAUGAGGCCUCCUCCGAACUCUCUCGGUGGACCUGGAAUGCCUGGCAUGAACAUGGGUCCGGGAGGUCGAGGGCCUUGGCCUAACCCUAAUGCAAACUCGAUAGCGUACUCGUCCUCAUCACCAGGAAACUAUGUGGGGCCUCCAGGAGGUGGUGGACCCCCAGGAACCCCCAUCAUGCCAAGCCCAGGAGACUCAACGAAUUCCAGUGAAAACAUCUACACAAUGAUGAAUCCAAUCGGCCCUGGUGGCAACAGACCGAAUUUCCCAAUGGGGCCGGGGCCCGAUGGUCCAAUGGGUGGAAUGGGAUCGAUGGAGCCACACCAUAUGAACGGGUCUUUAGGCUCGGGUGAUAUGGAUGGGUUGCCAAAGAACUCUCCGAACAACAUGGCAGGUAUGAACAACCCCCCAGGGACUCCGCGGGACGACGGGGAAAUGGCAGGCAACUUCUUAAACCCAUUCCAAAAUGAAAGUUAUUCACCCAACAUGACGAUGAGUGUGUGAUUUCUUUUUUUUAUUUUAUGUUUUUAUUUUAUUUUAUUUUUUUAACCCCUCCCCAAACCCCUCCUUCCCGUUCUAACCCUCUCUGCUGCGUAUGGCAUGCUUAUUUGCUCAAUCUCUACUCCCAUCACCCUCCCCAACACCCUCCAACACUCUGGGCUGGUGUGGUGGCGCCCUCUAGCCGGUCGGUAUGGCCGCAGAGCUUAGGACUCAUGCUAGAACCAGCCGCCAGAAGCUGGUGCGGUGAGGUCGAAUGGACGGAUGCAGGCUUCGGACUCACCUUGCCUCUCGGACUUCAUCACUGGUUCAGGACAAUAAGGGCCCCCGAUGGAACCACCAUGCGUGUGUGUGUUUGUAUGUGUGUAUGUGGGACUGUGCCAGGAAGACUUUUCAUUACAAAUUAAGACUGGUGGCUUUAUUUCAGUCCUGUUUUAUUAUUAUUAUUUUUUUUCAUCUUUUUUAUCGCAAUUAGACACUUGAGGCUAGUGGCAGUCCAAAGUUUGAUUGCUGUGUACAUUUUAAAACGGAAAAAGCUAAACUGGUGAUAUGCUGGGGGCAGGAAUGGUGUCAUUAUAUUUGUAUAUUAUUGAUAAUAUUAUUGGUAUAAUUUUCAUAAUUGAUAAUGCUAUGAUGAUGAUGUACUCAUAAUUUUAUGGAUUCUCCUGUAAAGGGCACAUUUGUAUUUCAACAACAUCGAUGACAUUAUAAGCACACAUUCAGAAAUGCACAAUGACACUUCUGUUUACAUGAUUUUAGGGAUUUGUUUGUCUCUUUGUUUUAAUUGUUUUGUCAAAUGUCUAUUUGCAUAAACCUCUUCCUUUGUUCUGCAUUGAACUGAUGUCAUCACUACCAGAGUACCGUGCUGAGAUGUACAACUUCAAUUUUGUCUGUCAACGAAGUGGCUUCUUAUACGAUUACAAUCACUGUUAUAAUAGAUCUGUUUGGCACUGUAAUAGUUGACCCAAAAAUGACCAUUGUUAUUUACUCAUCUUCAUGCCAUUCCAAACCCAUAUGGUUUGGAAUGACAAUGAUAGAAUUGUCAUUUUUGGGUGAACUAUUCCUUUAAAUAAUUGGAGCAUAUUUUUCAUUUUUUUUCCCAAAAUCUAGGAAGUCCUGCUCAUAAUACAUACUGUAAUCUUUUGAUACGUAAUCCUCAUUUGGGCCUUAGCGUGUAGCGUUCAAGGGUUACAUUGCAUUAACUACCAUUGGUCCAUUUCAGCAUAGCAUGUUGCUCCAUUCUUGCCUUGGUCACAAAUGGUCAAUAACUAUAACGUAAUGAAUACAUUUUACCAUUCAUUCUAGAUAAUUUACUGCCUAUAGUUGCAAGAUAUCAUUUGUGGUCAUUGUGAUUUUUGCCACUAUGUGUUUGCCACCAUGUUGUUUUGCAAGUCUUUUAGAAUAUUACCCAUGUGUUUGUAAAAGUAGUUGGAAUAAGCAGACUGCUCUUACAAACACAAGAUUCCUUGUGCUCUAUAGUCCCAUGUCUGUAAAUAUAACUUUUUGGUCAUGGACCUUAUUGGUAUUUUCAAUACACUACUUGUCUGUGAAGCUCAUCUGUUGUCCCAUGUCUUUCUUCAAAUGAGGUUGUGUUCAGCAGCCAAAUGAGACAGUGAGACAGUUUGCAGUCUCCAUUUACUGUGCAAUAUGAUGGUUUUGAUAACAUGUCAAAUGUUAUAGAGGGUGAAUCUCACAAAAAAAAAAAAAAAUGUCCGGGUCACAUUUUACCGCAAAAUCGAAAAGAAAUGUAUAUUUCUCAAGUCUGUUUUCAGACCAUUAAAAGAAUAUUCUGGGUUCAAUACAAGUUAAACUCAAUUGACAGCAUUUGUGGCAUAAUGCUGAUUACCACAAAAACUAAUUUUGACUUGCACCUCUUUUUUUUUUUUUUUUUUAAAGCAAAAUCUGGGCUGCAUUGAGGCACUUACAGUGGGAGUGAAUGGGGGCCAAUCCAUAAACAUUAAAAUACUUCACUAUUUCAAAAGUAUAGCCACAAAAUGUAAACAAUAUGCGUAUUAACGUGAUUUUAACUCCGCAGCAUUGCCAGAAAACCCGCCCUUAAAUCGCCGCUGUACCAACGUCACACAACCCGUCCAUUUCACAAGCAAGAGGGAAGCUCAAGCUGAGGUAUCAUGUUAUCUAGUUAUCUAGAAUAUCGAGUUUUUAUUGAAUGUAAACAGCGAGAUAAGUUAGCUUUGGCAACUCACCGAAAUGCUAAUGUAACUUUGAUUUUUGCGCUUUUUUUUUAAAGAAAAGGAGAGACUAGUAGAAAUUAAUUUUUGAACCUAGAAUAUUCCUUUUAAGAACUUUUUUUGUUGUUGCUUUGUGACUAUUAGAUUUUCAUUUCUGAAAUACAGUAAUAUUUUAUUGUUUUGUAUUAGAGUAAAACAUUACUGUAAUGCAGUUUUCACAAUUAAAUGGCUUUUUAACAAAUUCUACAAUGAUGUGUAAAUACUUUUCGAUUUAAAUAAUAUGUAAUUGUGUUAUUUGCAUUAUGGUAAAAAUAAUUGGGUGGGGCAAUGUGCUUAAUCGUCACGAAAAUACUGUCACAUUGCAAAACAAAUCUUAGUGGUCUUAAAAUAGGCUUCAUUUUCUUUAAGCUUAAUGCUAUUUCUUAUUCUUUUGAUUUUGAGGUAAAAUAUGACCUGGAUUUGUUCUUGGUGUGUUAAUGAGAUUCAUAUUGACUGGAAUUCCAAGAUCUACAAAUCUCAUUCAAAGAUUUGUAACCUCAUUUAAACAACCAUUUCAUACCUACACUUACUUUCAUCGCAGGAUAUAAAGUUUCAAUGUGUACCAGUUAAAAUACUGUAGUCCAUUGACUGUAUUAAAUGUAUACUGGAUGUUUUGGAAAACAUUCUGAGCCAAAACAUAGGAAAGAACCAGGAUCUGUCUUCUGUCAAUCUUUGGAGAGUUUUGGAGUGAUAUUCACCGCUAUCUUCAGUUUGACUGGUACUCAGCCCCUCCCCUCACCCUUUAACCUGUCCACAACCUUUACAGAUCCCUCACCCACCUUUUGAUUUACUGUAAAUAAUGUAAAAUGCAUUUUGAUAUCAUUGACAUGUUUUGAUAUGUCAGUCACAACCAAUGAGUACAGCUGAAAAUAAGUUAUAAAGUAUCAGUUUGUGUUUUUGUAUUUUAAAGAGAUGCUUUUGCUGUAGAAAUGCAGAUUUGCAGAUUGAUGGUCACCUUUAUUGUAAAUUGUAAAACGUUAGAUAGUAGGUUUAUGCAUUAUUUCCUCGAAAAUAACAAUCAAAGCUUUCAUUCCUCAAAUAUUUGUUUUUUGUGAAGAAAAUGGCUAGUGUGGCUGUUGUAAAUAAGUUACUGAUCACAUAAUUUUGUGAUUUAUGAACAGUGCAGAAAGAGAUGUGACUGAAGCUUUGUGAGUCUUAAUUUAAUUAGCAAGCUUUAAGACACAACCACAUCAAACCAUACUAUCGAUAGUAGUAUGGAUUGCAACAAAUCUAUCAAAUAGUAUGGUUCCCAAUUCAUAAAAUUAGGUAAGAUUUUACAUAAAAGUAAGAGAAGUCUGCUUGUUAUUCAAAUGGAAUUGCUUAGUUUCUCACUGAUCCUCUUUCAGUUCUUAAUUUUACAUUUGUUGGCCAUCCCUGCACUUCUGUUGUGUUGUUUUAUAUUUUAACAUUAGGAAGAAUUUUUGAGAGGGAAAUACGUAUUUUGGAGCAGGGAGGGAGUGGCAGAAAUUCUUCUGUAAUUUUCAUUGUCCUUUCUUGCGACAUAUUCAAUAUGAAGCAGUCUGUUUCAUUGGGUUUGCUUUGUAUUUCAUAGUAGGGUAGCUCAGAUCUUUGUCCUAGGGCCUUAGGUGUCUUGUGUAGGUAAAUAUGUCCUUUGUAUGUUUCUUUAUAUUGUAAAGUUUCUUCAGACUGACAGAAAAAAAAAAAGAAGAAAAAAACCCAUGAAAAUUUACUUAUCAAAAAAAGAAAUGAUUGCAUCAAUAAUAAAUGUAAUUUAAUA